AUGUCUGACUACAUGGCUUCAGCGACCGGUGGCGACGAUAUGAAGCCUGAAUUUGCCGAAUAUGAGAAGGCAAACCGCGCUGCUAUGGAGGAUCCAGACGAUUUUGAUGCCUGGGAAAAGCUUGUGCGCGCGGCUGAACAUCUGGAGGGUGGUCUGAACAGAAACAGUUCACCACAAGCGAUUUCUGCGACGAGAAGCGUAUUCGAUCGGUUCCUAGCGAGGUUCCCACUGCUUUUUGGAUACUGGAAAAAGUAUGCAGAUUUGGAGUUUACCAUCGCUGGGACUGAGGCUGCUGAGAUGGUCUACGAAAGAGGCGUCGCUAGCAUUACCAACUCAGUUGAUCUUUGGACGAAUUACUGCGGUUUUAAGGUCGAAACUAGCCACGAUCCGGAUGUCAUCAGAGAACUUUUUGAACGUGGUGCAAAUAGCGUUGGUCUAGACUUCUUAGCCCAUCCUUUCUGGGACAAAUAUAUUGAAUUUGAGGAGCGCCUUGAGUGCGAAGACAAAAUCGUUGCUAUCCUAGAUCGUGUGAUUCACAUCCCCAUGCAUCAAUAUGCACGUUACUUCGAACGUUUCAGGCAACUCGCACAAAGCCGUCCUUUGGAGGAGCUUCUUCCCUCGGAUACUUUGGCUCAGUUCAGACAGGAAGUCAUCGCGGAACCUCCGGCAGCUGUUCAGGCUGGACAACAGCAGAUGAAAAUUGAGAGGGGGGAACUGGAAAUCGAAAGGGAAAUCAGGGUUAGAAUCGACAACUUCCAUCUGGAAAUUUUCUCAAGAACUCAAACAGAGACAACCAAAAGGUGGACAUACGAAUCAGAGAUCAAACGUCCAUACUUCCAUGUCAAUGAACUGGAUGAACCUCAACUUGUCAACUGGAGAAAAUAUCUCGAUUUUGAAGAAGUUGAGGGCGAUUUCACUAGGAUCCAGUUCUUGUAUGAACGUUGCCUGGUGACCUGUGCUUUCUAUGAUGAAUUUUGGUACCGGUACGCUAGGUGGAUGUCUGCCCAAGAAGGGAAGGAAGAGGAAGUCCGGAAUAUCUACCAGAGGGCUAGUAUGACAUUUGUUCCCAUCACCCGAACUGGCAUUCGUCUCCAGUACGCCCAUUUCGAAGAGGCCCAAGGAAGGGUUGACAUGUCAAGGGCUAUUCAUGAAGCUGUCCUCGAACAACUUCCCGGCCACAUUGAAACUAUCGUUUCCUGGGCCAAUCUUGAGCGAAGACAAGGCGGCCUGGAUGCUGCAAUUGCCAUCUACCGGGCUCAAAUUGAGAGCGACAAGUGUGAUAUCUAUGCUAAGGGUGCUCUUACCGCCGAAUGGGCCCGCCUUUUGUGGAAGGUCAAAGGAAACGUUGAGGAAGCUCGUCAAGUGUACCAGAAAAACCAUCACUGGUACCUCGAUAGCCGAUACUUCUGGAUCAAUUACCUGCAGUUUGAGAUGGAACAGCCAACCAAUGCAGAGAUAGAGACAGAGAAUGCCGCUAGGAUCCGACAGGUUGUUGAUGACAUUCGCAAGAAGAGUCAUCUCCCACCAAUGACUAUUCGCGAUUUGACUCAUUUUUACAUGGUCUAUCUUCUUGAGCGUGGUGGAAAGGACUCUGCAAAGGAGUAUCUGUUGCUGGAUCGUGAGGUCAAUGGACCAUUCUCCGUGCAAUCUGUCAACAAAGCCAAGCUAGCUGAAGAUGGAAAAGAGUCCACAACUGAUAGACGUCUCAUGAUGGAGAACGGCCAUCCCGGUGUGGAGAUUGACGAAGCUGCUAUUGUCAGGGGAGAAAAUCCUUACACGAAAUAUUUCCAGCAACAGGGUGAACAGCCAGUUCCAGCCAGCAGUCAGGUAUCAGUAAAAUAG